AUGGGUGCUAGUUGUAAAGACCAGAAAAAGGCGCUAGCCAUUUGUCUCCAAAGAUCACCCUGUGUGCUCAUUCAGAGGCAUUCCCCCAAAGAGUGUCUUACGGACCCAGAGCUUCGAAAGGAUCUACCAGAACUUUGUGCUGCCAACUUCAGAGCCUUCAUUGAAUGUAAGAACGGCUUCUUUGAUAUGAGGAAAAGAAUGAGAGGAAAUGCCCCAUUGUCCACGGGUAAAUACGACGACACCUACGAGAAGCUUUCUAGCGGUGACUUUGACCCUCGUGAGGAGAUGAGAAAGCUUGAAAGACUCAACAAAAACCUUGCUAGGCUGAGAGAAGCCAAGGAAGACAGCUUGCAAGAAAGCUAA